AUGGAGAAGCUCUACAAGGGUGGUAGCGUACAAAAACGAAUCGAAGGAUCUUGCUGCCCUAUUCGCUGUGUAGUUGAGGAAGGGCAAUAUCAGCAGUUAAGUGUUCCUGAAGACCAAGCAGACAAGUUGCUCCUUGCAAGCUGGGGUCUUCCCAAGGCAGUUCUGGAGAAAUACCACAGUCUGGGAGUAGUACAGAUGUUUGAAUGGCAAGCAGAAUGCCUAAUGCUCGGACAAGUUCUGGAAGGGAAGAACCUAGUUUACUCAGCUCCUACCAGUGCUGGAAAGACUCUUGUUGCAGAAUUGCUUAUUUUGAAGCGAGUCCUGGAGACUCGUAAGAAAGCUCUUCUCAUCCUUCCCUUUGUCUCUGUGGCCAAGGAGAAAAAAUGUUAUCUGCAGGCCCUGUUUCAGGAGGUGGAUGUGAGGGUUGAAGGCUACAUGGGAAGCAUGUCUCCUGCUGGACGUUUCUCUGGCCUGGAUGUUGCUGUCUGCACCAUUGAGAAAGCCAACGGUCUAAUCAAUAGACUAAUAGAAGAAAACAAAAUGGACUCACUGGGAGUGGUGGUUGUGGAUGAGUUGCACAUGGUGGGAGACUCUCAUCGAGGAUAUCUGCUGGAACUCCUUCUGGCCAAAGUUAGAUAUGUUACAGAGAAGGUUGCAAAACGACAAGCGAAGAUGACCGGUCCUGGUUUUGCUGGGAUACAGAUAGUAGGCAUGAGUGCUACCCUCCCUAACUUGGGACUCUUAGCCUCAUGGUUAGAUGCAGAGCUAUACUGUACGGAUUUUCGCCCUGUGCCCCUCAAGGAGUGGGUGAAAAUUGGCAGCAACAUUUAUGACUCCUCCAUGAAUUUAGUGCGAGAAUUCCAGCCCAAGCUUCAACUGAAGGGAGAUGAAGACCAUGUUGUGAGCCUGUGCUAUGAGACUGUUUGUGACGGCCAUUCAGUCCUGCUUUUCUGUCCAUCCAAGAACUGGUGUGAGAAGCUGGCAGACAUCAUUGCCAGGGAAUUCUACAGUCUGCAACAGGCUGAGAGUUCUGCAAAAAACUCAGCCCUUUCCCCAGUUGUUGUGGACAGAGAAGGGAUCAAUGAGGUUCUGGAUCAGCUAAAGCGUUCUCUCUCAGGCCUGGACUCUGUGCUCCAACGUACUUUGCCAUGGGGAGUGGCAUUUCAUCAUGCAGGUCUUACUUUUGAUGAACGGGACAUCAUUGAAGGAGCCUUUCGCCAGGGCUUGAUUAGAGUCCUAGCAGCAACCUCCACGCUCUCGUCUGGAGUGAAUUUGCCUGCGCGCCGAGUAAUUAUACGAACUCCCAUGUUUGGUGGCAAACUGCUGGACAUUCUCACUUACAAGCAGAUGGCUGGAAGGGCUGGCAGGAAAGGAGUAGACACAGAGGGUGAAAGCAUUUUAGUUUGCAAGCCCUCAGAAAAAUCAAAAGGAACUGCUCUACUUCAGGGAUCUCUCAAGCCUGUUUGCAGUUGUUUGCUUAGAAGAGAAGGGGAAGGUGUUGCUUCUAGCAUGAAAAGAGCAAUACUUGAGAUCAUAGUGGGGGGAGUGGCCAACACUCCAGAUGACGUGCAGAUGUACGCUUCUUGCACUCUUCUUGCAUCCAGCUUGAAAGAAAGCAAGUGGGGAAAUGAGAAAGCGCAGACUGGAACUAUCGAGGCUUGUGUGGCAUGGCUUCUGGAAAAUGAAUUCAUUCAGGUUCUGGACUCCAGCAAUGAUGCAAAAGGUAACAUUGGUGAACCAGUCCAUUUAUUUUGAUGCCUAACUCUUUCCUCUUAUCUUUCACCAACUGAAGCCAUAGAAGUCUUUGCUGACCUGCAGCGAGCUAUGAAAAGCUUUGUUCUAGAGAACGAUCUGCAUAUUGUCUAUUUGGUCACCCCAGUGUAUGAGGAAUGGACCACAAUUGAUUGGUACCAGUUUUUCUGCUUAUGGGAGAAGCUACCUGCCUCAAUGAAACGUGUGGCUGAGCUGGUGGGGAUUGAAGAAGGCUUUCUGGCUCGCUCUGUAAAGGGCAAAAUCAUAGCUAAAACAGAGAAACAGCACAGACAAAUGGCCAUCCACAAAAGGUUUUUCACCAGUCUUGCCCUUGUGGAUUUAAUCAGUGAGGUUCCCUUAAAGGAUAUGACCAAGAAAUAUGGCUGUAGUCGUGGCCAGCUUCAAUCCUUGCAGCAGUCUGCUGCCACCUACGCAGGAAUGGUAACGGUUUUCUGUAAUCGACUGGGCUGGCACAACAUGGAGCUGUUGCUCUCCCAGUUCCAGAGCCGCCUCACUUUUGGGGUUCAUAGGGAGCUUUGUGACCUGGUACGAGUGUCUCUGCUGAAUGCACAGCGUGCUAGGAUGCUUUACAAUGCUGGCUUUGUCACAGUGGCUGAUCUUGCUAAAGCCAGUCCUGAUGAUGUGGCAACUGCUCUGAAGAAUUCAGUACCAUUCAAAAGUGUUCGUAGGGCUGUGGAUGAAGAUGAAGAGUCAGCAGAGGAGCGUCGGACUGUGCGCAGUAUCUGGAUGGCUGGAAUGAAAGGCUUAACCGAAAGAGAAGCAGCUUCCCUCAUUGUGGAGGAAGCCAGGGGGCUUCUCCAGCAGGAUUUGGCACUGAUGGGAGUGCAGUGGAACCCAGAGUCUUUUCUCGAGUCUGAUACAUCCUCUAUGAUCAGCAGAGAGUCAGAACUGGAAGACAGACUACAUAGACCAAAUGGAGAGCAGUCUUCUGAGUCUUCUAGGCUGUUAAACAAAAAAGGGUGUAGAGUUCAACAUUGUAAUGGCCUUCGUUCUCAGACUGGAAACUUAUCAAAUAUUAAAAAAGGAUAUAAAAGGCAACUAAGAGGUAGUACAGAAAACUCCAGAUUUGAAUGUGAAGCCCCAGGCAGGAGACAGGCUCAAGCAGAGGAUGACAAUGAUGAAGUUGUGUACAGUGCUAGAAAACGGCCAAAUAUGUGCAGAGAUAAUGAAAACGUAGCAGGAAUUUCUCUGGUCAAAACCAAGAUGGAUUCCAGGAGAGCGAUUCCAGAACUCCCUACUGAACAAGGAAAAACACCAACAUUGAGAACAAAGUCUUCAGCCUCUAGAUUGAUAAAGAAUGCUAGCCAUGCUGAGGUGAUGAUUGGUAAGCAGCAGAUGGCUUUAGACACAGAUCACUGUAAUGUAACUGCUAGCUGCUCUGGAAGUGGACAUGUCCAUAGUGGCAGCAGGAUAUGGAAGCCUGUGCAUUUCUGUCCUGGUGAGGAUAAAUCCUGCCAUAUUCAGAUUCAGAAUGGUGGCAAAAAUGGGAGCGAAAAGCCCAAUGGAAUAUUGUUACAAGCUGGAGCCCUGCAGAAAGCCAACAGUCAUCCUAAGGAUUUUCUGAAAGACUCUCUAGUAAAAUCCAGAGGUGUUCGCAAUGCAGAUGGUGUUCAGAAUGGUCCAUCCUCUGAUCUGUUUUCUGACUCUAGAGACUUUGAAGACAGCUUCCGGUUGGACACUCAAACUGAGAUGAUAAUAGAACAGGAGGGAGCAGCUGGAAUCACAGGACAGCAGGGAAUACAAGGUUCAGAGCUGGCAGCAAUACCAUGGCAGGAAAUCUCCAAGAAACUAAGCACUUCACGGACUGAGAAUGCUACUGAUGAAAGGGUGGCUGCAACAGUUAGUAAACCGGGCUUAUCAAGUCUUAUCACAACAAACACCACCACAAAAAACACAGCUCAGCACUGCAGUAAUAAAGUUUUGGAGUCGGGAGGCCUUAGUUUACAGCCCGUAGCAAAGGAAAUAGAAUCUGCACCUUGCCUUAAACAAAGCGAUUUCUCAGUGACGGACUCCCAGCUACGCAGUUUUCUACAAGAUUACCAGACACAAAAUUCAGUGAAAGGGGAGAGUGUGUCUAAAGACCUUAAUAAAGCAACCUCCCCUCUUGGUAGGGAGCACAUUGUACAAGUAGAAUGCCGCUCUGUCCCUGAAACAAGCCUGAAUAUGAGUGAUAGCUUGCUGUUUGAUGAUAGCUUCAGUAAUGGCAGCGACCUUUCAGCUGUUCACAUCACAGAAGCUGACAGAAAGGAUCCUGUGGAGAAGCAAGAGGCUUUGCUUCCUCCAGAUGGUCUUUUGCAGAAUCUAAGACCUGUUCAGAAUAAAUUUGAUGUCAGUGGCAAUCAGAAAGAGCAUGAGGAUCCUAUGCAGUGUAAUGAUGUGUCUCUAGCAUUUUGUGAUCUAAUAGCUGAAGUUUUAGAUCAUGCAAAUUCCCCGUCUUUUCUGGAAGAUAUUCCUUCUACAUUUCAUGGUCAGCCAGGAUUAAGAAACCCAGUCAUUUGUAACAAUGACUCCAGACCAAAAGAAUUAUUAGGAGAUCAAGGUGAAAAGCUCCAGAGAAGCCAGCAAGCUUUAGACAAGAAAACCCACCCAGUGGUGUGGACUGAACACUUGUUUGAACUAAGCCCAGGAUUGCAGGAUGUACUAGACAAAUGGCCUAGUCCCUCAGGCAUUGAACCAAUUUCAGUAAGCUCCUGUUUGAAAGGAAAGUUAGUUGCUCCUAUUGUUAAUCAAGAGCCAGAUCCAGUUUUUGAAUCUGACUGUUGUCAGCCAGAGCCUUUGCCCACUUGCCAGGAUUUAAAAAGCUCUUUCAAAGUUGAAGAAAACAAAACGGAAAACUUGGAUCUUCAGAAAACAGACUGCAUGAUACUUCCACUCAAGGGAAGCAACAGAACAUCCUGUCCUCCACCAGAUAGUAAUAAUGGGUUUAUUCCUCCAACACCCCCCAAAGAGCUUUUUCCAAAGAGUUCUGUUUCUCUCUCUGUGAAAUCUGCAAGGGAGAGACAAGUUGCCUGCGUGAACGAAGGGCAGCUGAUUCAGCCACAGCAGAAUAGCGAGGGCAAUGCAGAGCAGCAGGUAAAAACACUCCAGGUCAAUCUUGGGAGUGUAGACCCAACUGAGACUGAUGAGGUAAAAGAUGAUUCCACUAUAGACCGAGGCUUUUCACUGCAGCUAUCUCAGGAUGUUUUCCCACUUGUUCCCUUAAGUGCUGAAAGUUUCACUAUUAUUGAUGUAGCAAGCGACAAAGCACUUUUCCAGACUUUUGUUGCAGAAUGGAAGGAGAAAAGCAGAUUCUCCAUCUCAGUGGCAUGCGAAAGAACAAAAUGUCUUUUGUCUCCCAAAUCAGCGAUUGGUGGCAAAUUCAAAAAAGUAAGUUCUCCUCAGGGGAUGCAAGUUAAAGAUGAUGGAUUUCCUGUCCAAGGCUGUGAAGACAUCUUGGUAGUUGGACUGGCAGUAUGCUGGGGUGGAAAAGAUGCCUACUAUAUCUCUUUGCAGCAGAUACAAGACCAGACUGAAAUCAGUAUGAGUUUGGCACCGCCACCUUUGGACAAAAAUCUAUCUGUAACAGAGAGACUGUAUCAUCUGCAGCUGUACCUGCAGAAGAAACCCGAACAGGAGCGCUCACUUGUCAUGUAUAACUUCAUUCAGCACUACAAGACUCUGGUGAUGGCUUGUGGCAUCUCCUUGGAAGGAAGUUUUGAGGAUCCAAAGGUUGCGUGUUGGCUGCUUGAUUCUGGCUCUAAGGAACGUACACUUCACAACAUGGUGACUAACUUUCUCCCCAACGAGCUACCUCUACUGGAAGGGGUAGGCACCAGCCAAGGGGUGCAGAGCCUGGGGCUUAGUGCCAGCGGAGAUCAUUCUGGGCGGUACAGAGCAGCAAUAGAGUCUGUGCUUAUCUUCAAUGUCAUGAACCAACUCCAUAAUGAAUUACAGAAGGAAAAUCUGACAGAAGUAUUUUCUAAAGUGGAGAUGCCCACCCAUUAUUGCUUGGCUCUGCUGGAGCUGAAUGGCAUUGGUUUUAGCACAACAGCAUAUGAAACCCAGAAACAGAUCAUGCUAGCUAAACUGAGCGAGAUUGAGUCCAAGGCAUAUCAGCUGGCAGGCCACAGCUUCUCCUUGACCAGCCCUGAUGACAUUGCAGAGGUUUUGUUCCUGGAGCUGAAGUUGCCACAAAAUGGAGAUGUGAAAGUUCAAGGGAACAAGAAAACUCUGGGUUACACCAGAAGAGCAACUGCUAAAGGAAACAGGAUUAGGUUGAGCAAGCAGUUCAGUACGACCAAGGAUGUUUUGGAGAAAUUAAAGACACUUCACCCAUUGCCAGGCCUGAUACUGGAAUGGAGGAGGAUCAACAAUGCCAUUACUAAAGUGGUGUUUCCACUACAGAGGGAAAAGCAAUUGAAUUCUGCACUGGGAAUGGAAAGGAUAUAUCCGGUGUCACAGACUCACACAGCUACAGGUCGCAUAACCUUCACAGAGCCAAAUAUCCAGAAUGUGCCAAGAGAUUUUGAGAUUGAAAUGCCAACUGUGGUUGAAGAAAGCCCACCCUCCCGAGCCCAUGGAAAUGUUAAUUCUUGUGCUGUUUCUCGGGGCAGAAAGCGUUCCAGUAUUUUGCCUAAUGGCCUAAAAGCUCAGGCUGAAGACAGAUCCGAAGAAAGAGGAAUACCGUUUUCUGUUAGCAUGAGGCAUGCCUUUGUUCCCUUCCCAGGUGGCUUAAUCUUGGCUGCUGAUUACUCUCAGCUUGAACUGAGGAUCCUUGCUCAUUUGUCUUGCGACUCUCGACUCAUUCAAGCCUUGAAUGGGGGUGCUGAUGUCUUUAAGAGCAUUGCAGCAGAAUGGAAAAUGAUUGAUCCUGAAGCUGUUGGAGAUAGGACCAGGCAACAAGCUAAACAGAUGUGCUAUGGAAUCAUCUAUGGAAUAGGAGCAAAAUCUUUAGGCGAGCAGAUGGGGAUUGCUGAAAAUGAAGCUGCCAAUUACAUUGAAUCCUUCAAAUCAAGAUACACAGGGAUUCAGAAAUUCUUGCGGGAGACAGUGAGGAGCUGCAGGAAAGAUGGGUUUGUGCAGACCAUCCUGGGAAGACGGAGAUACCUGCCAGCUAUCAAAGAUCCAAACCCCUACUGUAAAGCUCAUGCAGAGCGACAGGCUGUGAAUACAACUGUUCAGGGAUCUGCUGCAGACAUUGUCAAAACAGCCACUGUGAACAUUCAGAGACGCCUGGAAGCUUUCUCCUCUGUGAUCAAGUCCCACGGACAUCUGGAGAGCUCCUUCCAGAGAGAUAGGACUGGAAGGCUAGCGAGGAAGAGAAACAGAGGGAUGUUACAUCCCAUCAGCGGAGGUUUCUUUAUCCUCCAACUCCAUGAUGAGCUCCUCUAUGAAGUUGCAGAGGACGAUGUCAUCCAGGUCGCUCAGAUUGUCAAGCAUGAGAUGGAAAAUGCCAUCAAACUCUCGGUAAAACUGAAUGUUAAAGUGAAAAUUGGACCUAGCUGGGGAGACCUGCAGGACCUGGAGCUCUGA